CAUUAAAAGUAAGUGAUUCUAUUAAGUCAUUUUUAAAAAAACAUUAAAAGUAAGUAAUACGAGCCAUAAUAAUUUUGCUCAAUGAGUAUAGGAUGUAGUAGAUGAUUAAUUAUUGUGUGUGGUCUGAUUGUAAAUUCAUCAAUUUGCGAAUAUGUUUUUUUUACAAGCUGCAGUCAUCGUAGAAAAAGUAAAAGUACAUGGAAAGUAAGUCACAUCUUUUUUUCAACCUUCCACAUGUCUUCUUGGACUCCAUAAUUUACACAUUAAUUGCAGGCUGUUUAAAGAAAGAAAACAACCAAGCCAAUAACACUUAUGGACCUCAAAUGAGAUUAUUAUAUAUAUAUGUAUAUACCUGUCAAAUGAUCUGCUAUUUUGUUUCUGUUUUGAUGUUGCUUUUUUAUCCCCUCCUAAACUUUAUUUAAAUAUCACAUACAAAACAAUGACGGAAUAUAAUCAUAGAAUCACGGUGCUGUAGUUAACAACGUAUUACAAUAAACAUAAUACAACACUUGUUGUUCUCUCUUGUGUUUCAUAAGUUUCCGAUAUUUCACAACAUUUACAGACGCUAUCUCUAUCGCUGCCCGUGACGUCAUCACGCCAACCUGUGUCAACCGGAAGUCGAAUCAUCAGCUGAUCCCGCUUGCUUGUUGUUGAUGCCUGAAGUUGCCGUGGUUUGGCACACUGUGUUGCUCUUAUCUGCGCCUGACAUUGGAGACACAUUAAACCCGAGCAGCGGACACGGGGGACAUUUACCGGCAGACGAGCUUCUGAGUGACGAGGACCGCGUUUCACUGCGAGGAGUCUGCGCACAACGCGUCACGAGCGCUAGCUCCAGCUGCACCUCCGUGGAGAGGAACGAAGAAAGACGUGCUUUCUUUGUUUAUGUGGUGCCUGCCUGAACCGCAGUAAUUAAUUUUCUUUGUCUUGCAUGGAGACUUAUUUUUCCGCACGUACGUUAUUUAUAUUUAUAUUUAUUUAUACUUUCUUACCUUCACGCGCAGAGCAGCUAGCUCGUCAACUUACGUCCACCCGCAGCGCAAAGACACAGCGACUGUUGAGAGUCAUCGGGCUUUGAGACGUUAUCUCUCGUGCCUCUUAUUCCGUGUGUGUGUGCGUGUCCGCUGCCCCGUGGGUCUGUCUGGAGACCUAGAACACGUGUGGUCUGUUGUUUUAUUCCUGACCACGAAUCGAUAGAAUUAGUUGUUUUUUUGUUUCAUCCGUAUCGAUUUGAAGCCACGUGACCAUGUCAGAGGCGACAGCUGUUUAGAUUGGUUGGCACGUUGCGUCAUUUGUUUGUGUCCAAGCUGUCCGACUUUGUUGGGUAACUUGUUAUUUAACACAUCUGUAAAUCUGAGGUGGCUCUGUGAAUGUCAUCUUUUAUUAUUUAUUUGUUUACAUGCUUUUAUUUACACAUGACAUGUGAUACACUGGUCACCUUGUCCUGUAACCCGUAGUUUGAGGAGCUGUUUGAUGCUCUCACGCAGAAAGUAAUCGAUAGAGUUAUGAAUUGAAACAGCCAUCUGAAGCUAUUCAGACUGCUGUGAUCAGGGACAGACCAGGGAAGGGUUCCCCAGAGGGUCCCAUUGUGUCUCGAGGUGAGCUGCCCCCCACUACUUGCCAAUGCUGGACCUGGAGGUGGUGCCCGAGAGAUCACUAGGAAAUGAGCAAUGGGAAUUUGCCUUGGGGAUGCCAUUGGCCCAGGCCAUCUCCAUUCUGCAGAAACACUGCCGCGUCAUCAAAAAUGUCCAGGUGCUAUACAGUGAACAGACACCACUCAGCCAUGACCUCAUACUGAACUUGACUCAGGAUGGCAUCAAACUGCUAUUUGAUGCCACAAAUCAGAGACUCAAGGUGAUUGAAGUGUAUGACCUGAGCAAAGUCAAGUUGAAAUACUGUGGAGUCCAUUUCAACUCCCAGGCCUUUGCUCCCACAAUAGAGCAGAUAGACCAGUCAUUUGGAGCUACGCACCCUGGAGUUUACAACGCUGCAGAGCAGUUGUUCCAUCUCAAUUUUCGAGGCCUGUCUUUCUCCUUCCAACUGGAUUCGUGGAAUGAAGCUCCAAAAUAUGAGAUUCCACAUGGGGCCAUGGUCAAGAGGAUGCACAUCUACACCGGCAACAACCUGCAGGAAACAAGGGCUCCCACGAUGCCGUCGGCUUGUUUCCUUGGUAACAUCUUUGCAGAGACUGUUGAUGUCCUGAGAGACGAUGCAGGGCCUCUGGGGCUCAAACUCCGCCUCCUCACUGCAGGCUGCGGUCCAGGUGUGGUGGCUGAUGCCAAAGUGAGGUCCCUCGAGAGGAACAUCUACUUUGGAGAUUCCUGUCAAGAUGUACUGGGUGCUCUGGGCUCGCCACAUAAAGUCUUCUACAAGUCUGAGGACAAGAUGAAGAUCCACUCUCCGUCACCCCACAAGCAGGUUCCUUCUAAAUGUAACGACUACUUCUUCAACUACUUCACUCUCGGAGUGGAUAUCCUGUUUGACUCUGCAACUCACCUGGUUAAGAAGUUUGUCCUCCACACCAACUACCCCGGCCAUUACAACUUCAAUAUAUAUAAUCGAUGUGACUUUAGGAUUCCACUUGUCAUAAAGAAAGAAGGAGCCGAUUCUCAGACGGAGGACUGCAUGGUAACGACCUACAGCAAGUGGGAUCAUAUUCAGGAGCUGCUCGGUCACCCAAUGGAGAAACCUGUCGUGCUCCACAGAUCCUCAUCAGCCAAUAACACAAACCCCUUCGGCUCGACCUUCUGCUUCGGACUGCGGAGGAUGAUCUUUGAGGUGAUGCAGACUAACCACAUAGCAUCAGUGACCCUGUAUGGUGCUCAUCGGACCACAAGUCAAGCUCGACCUCAGCCCAGCAGUAGUUCCCACUGAACAAGUCACCAGAACCACAUCCCAUUACCGCCUGAGUCUAGUACCUCUGCUCACCGGACCUCUAACCCAGAGCCAGAUUCAUACCGAGCAGACCUAACCCAUACCGAGCUCAGACGCUACUCAUUGAACAGACUCCAGAAUCCUGAAUAUCACCAGUCACACAUGGUACUUAGCAACUUUUCCUGGUGGGUCCUAAGACGUACUCUCCCAAUCAGACUCACCCGGUCGGCAUAGUGAACCCAACCCGGACUUUCCCAGGAACCAGGAUCCAGUGGCGUGGUCGCAGUGCUGAACCACUGAUGCUUCUCAAAAUGAUGGGUUGUAUGUCUCGGUUGUGUGGCAACAUCACGCUGGUGCUGCAAACUUGACAUGCUGAAGAAAAUCUAUGCUCAAGUAGAGCCCAGCUGUUUCCUGUUUGCCCAGAACCACAGAAGAACAGUUUGUCCAGACUGCACUUUGGACCGCAUGGUUCCACCAGUAAGAUGCAGUGGACGCCUGUAUUGGACAAUAACAUCCAUCACAUUGUGGUAAGAGGAUCAGCAUUUAAUUAUCAUCUGCAACACAUCUCUACGUAAACUGCUGUGGCCAAAGUCUUGAAACGAACUCUUGCUCAACCAUCCACCAACCACACUGCCAGCUCAACCAGUACCGCCUGUCUUCCUGCCACAGCUUCAGAACCAGGCCCGACUGGCUCCGUCGAAACCCGGACACGUUUAAAAAUGCAAGCACCAAACCCGUCCAACCCAAUCAACACAUUGGAAGCUGCAGGAGACUUUUUUUUUAACCAGAAAAAUGUGAAAAUCCAGAUUUCGUCACCCUCUGGGUUCGUGGCACCGAACACAUCCACACUGGCCGGACAGAAGUGCCGUCGCCACGUCGUCGCCCUCUGAAGCGGUCCUACUCGGCAGUCUUCCAACUUUCUUCAGUACACAGCCGUCAACACUAUUAACCCACCACAGCUGCUGUUAUUUGCAACUCUAGAUGUUGACGUGACAUACACACACGCACUCAGUUUAAUGAGCAUCGGCAUGUGUUGGCUGCUGUUGUUCAACAGACUAUAAUUCAAACACACAGGCAGAUAAUUAGUCCCUUCAAUAUGAGAGCAACAUGUAUUUAUAAUACAAGAAAGCCGGUUUCUCUUUUUUUCUUUAAAGUGCAAAACGAACAUGGAGACAUGCAGGCAUGACACAAGGAGUUGCAUGAACUUGGCAGAUGCUUUUGAAUGAGAGGAAAACUUAUAAGCACAAACUGGCAACCUGUUGUAUUUGAUCUUGCAUGUCGUGAAGGGCAAAGACUCGUUUUAUUGUUCUCUGCCCGGCUUCAUUCAUUCACACCACGACCAUCUUUUUACUUGACCGGUUCAUUGCACCCCCAGAGCUCCCGCUUACAGAAGACAGGUCCUCCCAUGCUGCAUGGUGCCUGCAGUCCUAUGUUACAUUCAUCUCCUUAUUCCUACAUCUGUUGAUGCAUCACAACUCGUCCCUCAGCGAUGUCUGCAUUUAUUGUUGAAUUGCCAAACGCUUCAGCCAAAGACGAUUUAGGAUUAUUUCAUUCGAUCAGUGGAUAUCACUUUUCUCUACAGCUGUCCUCUGGAGAGGGUCUGUCUCCCUUUUCCUGUGUCGUUUAGGUCAGACCUGCACAUUGCAGUCAUUGCCGCGGUAACGCCUCUAAUUUCGGCUCCUGGUCUCUGUAGCGGCUGACGGUAAUUACACGAGCCGUGAAUAGCAGACUUGAGCGUGUGUUUUGAAACCAAUCGGCCCGUCUUUCAUCCGGUGUUGGUUCCAGCCAGAGACACAUCACUUUGGUCGGAGUCUCUUGUACAGUUGUUGUCAGAGAGCUGUAAUUUAAUGAAUUGCUCUGUGAAUUAAUUACAUUUAAACCCAUUGAUAAAAUGGGUUUAACCAUCAUUCCUUCGUCAUAACAUUUGCUUCCCUCCAAAUGCCUGAAUUUGGAAUAUUUUUCCUCCAUAAGCAUUUUAAUAAACUGUGUAUUACUUUGAAUACACACAUUCUCUGUUAUUGUCCAUUGAUAGAAAUGUUAAUACAUUUUUUUUAAAUUCUUUACUAUUGCUGAAUGUUAUGGUUGCCUGCAUCGGCUCGUCUGCAGGCAUCAGGGUUGAAGUCGGGACCGUACACGUGCCAACAUGUUGAGAGCAGCGUCCAACGCCGCCUGACGAGGGAUUCCAGUAGUUUUAAGAUCGGCAUUGAGGUAUUUAGUUUUCUGACAAGUUUGUAUAUCGAGCAUCUUAAAGUGAGCGACGCGUUCAAACUGGCUUCGCUGGCAUUUCAUUUUGUUUCUAUGAGGAGGGUCUUUAUAUGUUUGGUUGAAACAAAUUGCAUCACAGUGAGAUAGCUUGCAACCAGCAGCAUCCACAGGAAAUAGCCAAACAACUUCUGAUUCAUAAUACGUUAUAAUAGGAAUUAAGACUUUUACAAUGAAUGAACAGGCUUUAUUUACAGUCCUAUUUGCUGUGGUUUCUUACCAUACAGAAGACCGUGAGCAGACCUCAUUUAAGAGCAGCUGAAGAAAUUACUUUGUGUAAAACCAGGCAGUGGCUGUUCUGAGAAAUGAUUUGUUUUGUAUGUGCUCAGGCUCUGAGACUUCAAGCUGAUGUACAAAUGCUGUAAAUAGUUGAGUGCUCUUAGUCUCGUGUCAUUUUAUCUAAACGAUCGUAUUGACUCAGCAAUGAGACAACUGACUCGGGCUGAGUGUCUCAAUAUUUCCUCCUCAAAUCACAACUGACUCAUCAACAGUGUGUGUCGACCUCCAGACCACUCGGUGUUGAACCGGUUCAUUGUGAAAUGCUCAGGCUGCAGGUCCACAGAAGUCCUGGGUCCCAGUAGAGAGCCUCAAGCUCUGCUUGAACUGCGACUGCAAGGUGUUACAUUUCAACGCACAGAAACAUCUUAAAAUAAAAUAAGCUCCAUAUGUGCAGGCAGGGAAAACUUCCUCACAUCUUGACUGGAGGAGAGCUGGUGGAUUGGGAGUCUAGCAUUGGCAUGUUGCUAGAUUUCUACUUGUUUACACUACAACGUGGGCUUGGUUGGCUGAAUCCAGACUGUGUGUACGGGGAUUGGGUUUCGGGAAGCAUGAGAUAUGUAUGUUUUACAGUCUUAUACCUGGAUCCCACAAGCUAUAGCUAAUGUUUUAAGAUGAAUCCAACAUAUAGACGUGUGUUCUUCUUGAGCUCCGGGUUCAAGAUGUUCCAGAACAAUGGCUGUCCACUAAUGUCUGAAGAACUUCACACAGAUCCCAACUCCUGCUCUGGUUUAUCCACAUGAGUUCAAAAUGGAAACCAAUGUAUUAUAAUUGUGCAGGUAAAUACGAGAAGAUCAAUGAACCACCAACUGUUGAAUAUUGUGCUUCAUCUCCCUCCAAGCCUGUCUUUGACUUCCGUCUCUAUCGCGCGUGUGUGCGCGUCCGUCCUUUUCAGGUCUUUUCUUUUUUACCGACCUUUGUUUUUGUAGACUACUUAUUUCAGUGUGUGUUAAUAACACCGGACACACGGAACAGUGCGUGUCCACAAACCGUACAAGCUCAUCAUAGUUACUGAGGAAUACAUGAUCUUAGCAAUGCAAUUCUUCUGAAGGAGAAACUUUCCUCGUCUUCCUCCACAAUAUAAAUCAGGUAUUUCCCCCGAAAGAUAUCGGCGCUAAUUUGAGUUUUGCUCCUUGGGAAGCAGAACAUGUGAAGAAACAGAAAAAAUGGGGCCAGCAGUAAAUUAACCAAGAUUCUUGUGAGGGAACAUUCAUACAUGCUCUGUGAUUUUAGAGAAACUGAGCCCAGCACAAUAAACAUUAUAUAAUUCACUUAAUACAAGACAAACAAUUCAUAUUGAUCCAGUUUUGGUCAACUACCAGCAGGUAGUACUGCUGGUAGUUAAUCUCUUUCAAACUCAGGUGGACUUAUCACGUUCUUGAUCUAAAAAAAAAUGUUAAGCGAGAUAAACAAGUGAAAAACCUUGAUGUCUGUGUGACUUUUAAAUGGCAUUGUUUUUUUAAACUUAUUUCAUUGAAUGCAGGAAUUCAUGAUUGUCGUAUCAGGAUCAUUGUAAUUAGUAAUGGUAUUUUCAUAUUAAUGCUUUGUCUGUUCUGUUCUUGGUAUCAUUUAGUCUGUUUCCGAUCUCACGGAUGCUCCUCAGAAGAGGUUUUUUGUGGGAUCAGUACAUUGUAAACCCAUUUCUGGAAGUGGGAGAGUUUUACCAGAAAAAUGAUACAUUCAAAGGAAUGUCACAAUUGUUAUUUAUUUUGAAUACUAUAGCUUUGUGUAUGAAGAAUAAGUACAUUUAUUCAGCAUGUCCACUGAAAAAUGGCAAUAACAUCACUAUGUGGUGCAAAGAGAAGGAUUAGGUUGACUGAUAUCGUUGCUCCACCAAAAUACGUUUGACUGCAUAUUUAUGAUGCUGUGUAUUCUCUGAACAACUCCAAUGCGACACGUGGACUAUUAUUAAAGCAAAUGCCCAGUAGUCAUUGACGUCAAAGUUCAUUUUCUGUGUGCAACAGGAUAUGAAAAAAUAAAUAAAAAUGUGAAUGUGUAAAAGAC